AUGUCAGCUAUUACAACAUUAAAUCCAAAAGCUGAAAGUGCUCGACAAGCUCAAGCAUUAGCAAUUAAUAUUUCAGCUGCUCGUGGUCUUGCUGAAAUGCUUAAAACUAAUUUAGGUCCAAAAGGAACAAUGAAAAUGCUUGUAUCAGGUGCUGGUGAUAUCAAAAUAACAAAAGAUGGUAACACACUUCUUCAUGAAAUGCAAGUUCAACAUCCAACUGCAUCUUUAAUUGCUCGUGCAGCUACAGCACAAGAUGAUAUAACUGGUGAUGGUACAACUUCAAUUGUAUUAUUAAUUGGUGAACUUCUUAAACAAGCUGAUCUUUAUAUUUCCGAGGGUCUUCAUCCACGUAUUGUUGCAGAAGGUUUUGAAUUAGCAAAAAAAGAAGCAUUACAAAUACUUGAUACACUUAAAAUAUCUAUAAAACAAGAUCGUGAAACACUUAUUCAAAUAGCUCGUACUUCAUUACGUACAAAAUUAACAAUGGAAAAUGCUGAUAUUCUUACUGAUAUUGUUGUUGAUGCUAUAUUAGCUAUCAAUGAAGUAGGUAAACCAACUGAUUUAAAUAUGGUUGAAAUUAUGGAAAUGCAACAUCGAACAGAAGCUGAUUCACGUCUUGUACGUGGAAUUGUUCUUGAUCAUGGUGGUCGUCAUCCAUCAAUGCCUAAAGCACUUAAGAAUGCUUAUAUUUUAACUUGUAAUAUUUCACUUGAAUAUGAAAAACCAGAAGUUAAUGCUGGUUUCUUUUAUAAAAAUACUGAAGAACGCGAUCGUCUUGUUUCAUCAGAACGUAAAUUUAUUGAUGAUCGUGUAGAAAAAAUAGUUGAACUUAAACGAAAAGUUUGUUCGGGUGAUGAUAAAGAUAAAACAUUUGUUAUUAUCAAUCAAAAAGGCAUUGAUCCAUUAUCACUUGAUGUUUUGGCUAAAGAAGGAAUUUUAGCAUUGAGACGUGCUAAACGUCGAAAUAUGGAACGAUUAACUUUAGCAUGUGGUGGUGAAGCUAUGAAUUCGGUUGAAAAUCUUACAAAAGAAUGUCUUGGUUUUGCUGAAGAUGUUUAUGAACAUGUUUUGGGUGAAGAAAAAUUUACAUUUGUUGAAGGUUGUAAAAAUCCGAAAUCAGUAACUGUUCUACUUAAAGGUUCAACUAAAUAUAUAUUAAAUCAACUUAAAGAUGCACUUCGUGAUGGUCUUCGUUCAGUAACUAAUGCAAUUGAAGAUGGUUGUGUUAUACCUGGUGGUGGUGCUUUUGAAAUAGUUGCUCAUCAAGCACUUACACAAUAUAAACAACAAGUUAAAGGACGAGCACGCUUAGGUGUUCAAGCAUUUGCUGAAGCAUUAUUAAUUAUUCCGAAAGCUAUUGCUCAAAAUGCAGGACAUGAUCAACAAGAAACAAUUGUUAAACUUCAACAUGAAUAUGUAACAUCAAAAAUACCAGUAGGUAUUGAUAUUACAACAGGUGAAGCUAUGGAACCAAAAUCAUUAGGUAUUUAUGAUAAUUAUCGUGUUAAAAAACAAUUAAUACAUUCAAGUACAUCAAUUGCAACAAAUUUAAUUCUUGUUGAUGAAAUUCUUCGUGCUGGUUUAUCAUCAUUACGUCCUGGUGGACAAUAA